GUUUUUCUAAUUAAAUGAAGCAUGAAGAUAUUAUUAUUGAAAAUGAUGGAAAAUCUGCAAGAAGCAUUAGUUAAAAAUAUUAUUAGAAUAAUUUUGUAGUAUGUGAACCUUUAAUUCCUAAAAAAGGAUCUUAUUCAUUUUCCUUUAAAAUUGGUGGUUGGGUAAUGAUUGGAGUUUGUGAUAUUGAAAAGAUAAAGUAGUAAAAAUUCAUAGUGACACUUGAUGAGAUUCCUUAAAUUCAGUAAAAUAAAUUUAUUUAUAUUUAAGUUGUUAUAUGAUUGAAAAUGAUGGGACAUCGUAUUCCUCAUUUGAAAAUUAAGAGAAACGCUAAAAGUCUUUCACAUAUUCAGAAUAUGAUAUUAUCUAAGUUUUAAUAGAUUUUGAACUCAAAAUUAUUAAAUGGAUAAAACCUUAAACAAAAGAAAGUUUUUAAAUGAAAAUAAAUCCAUCUACAUCAAAUUUAUUUCCUUGCUUGGCUUUGGGAUAGGCUUGGGUUGAAGUUAUCAAUUAAUGA